AUGCUGUGUGAUCUACUAAAGUCGGCCGUCGAGGGCGAUAACAUCUACCUCUUUGUGCCCAACCUGAUCGGCUACGCUCGCAUCAUCCUGGCGCUGCUCUCCUUCUACACCAUGCCCUACUACCCCACGCCGACGUUGAUCUUCUACUUUUUGUCCGCCUUUCUGGACGUCUUUGACGGCUACGCCGCCCGCUACCUGAACCAGUCGACCAAGUUUGGCGCCCUGCUCGACCAGCUGACGGACCGCAUUGGAACGCUGUGCUUGAUUUUUGUUCUGGGCUACUUCUACCCGAAGUACAUGUUCUGGUUCCAGCUGUCGGUUGCCAUUGACAUUGCUAGCCACUGGAUUCACACGCAGGUCUCCCUGAUGACGGGCAAGACCAGCCACAAGACGAUUGACCUGAAUGAGAAUCCCAUUCUGCGACUGUACUACACCAAUCGCAUCGUGCUCUUCUCCUUCUGCUUCGCCAAUGAAGUCUUCUACUUUGCGCUCUACAUGCUCUACUUCUACGAGGGACCGAUUGUGAUCGGCAGCGUGGGCUUCUGGCGACUGUGCGUCUACCUCUCCGGUCCAGUGUCGGCGGCAAAGACGGUGAUCAGCGUCAUUCAGAUGGUGGCUGCCUGCAUGAACUGCAAAGAAAUCGACAUGGCAGAGCGUCGCGCGGCGGCUGCAGCGGCAAAGGCCGCCAAGGCCAACUAA